AUGAAAAGAGUUUCAGUAAUAACAUUCUCACUCUUUUUAUUUCUUUCUUCUGUUAUUUUCUCACGUCAUUUCUCAGCAGCUGAUCAACUCAUCCACAAGAAUGAAACAAACCCCUUAAUUUUUCGUUCCCUUGUUUCCUCAUUUGCUUAUCCACUUAAGGGAAAUGUAUACCCUCGUGGGAUUUACGUCGUGCCCAUCAACAUUGGCAAUCCCCCCAAACCUUACGAGCUUGACAUUGACACCGGUAGUGAUUUCACUUGGAUUCAAUGUGAUGCACCGUGUAAAAAAUGCACCGUGCCUAACGAAAAACUCUAUAAACCCCGUGACAACUAUGUAAAAUGUUCAGAUCCAUUGUGUUCUUUCAUUCCGCCAAUACAAGGUAUUUGUCCUAAGCCAAAUGACCAAUGCAAGUAUAGGAUUGAAUAUGAAGAUAAAGCAUCAUCUGAAGGUGCAUUAGUCCGAGACAAUAUACACAUAGGAACCACCAAACCCCCUGCAACUCAACCUUUACUGGCAUUCGGGUGUGGAUACGACCAGCAGUUUCCUCCUAAAACACCCCCAUCCGUAGGGGUCCUCGGCCUCGGCAACGGAAAGAUAAGCAUUUCGUCACAACUUAACUCUCUAGGGCUUUUUCGGAAAGUGUUGGGUCAUUGUUUAAGUUCACAAGAAGGAGGAUAUUUAUUCUUUGGGGACAAAUUUAUUCCACGAUCCGGAGUUGUUUGGACACCUAUAGUUAAUGUACCACACUACAUCGUAGGCCCGGCGGACCUGCUUUUCGACGGAAAGCCUACUUCCAUCAAAGGUCUUCAACUUCUCUUUGACAGUGGAAGCACAUACACUUACUUCCCUUCCCAAAUUUAUAAUGCAAUUUUUAACCAGGUGAAAGAUAAUUUGAAAGGGAAGCCUCUGAGUAGAUCAGUUGAAGAUAGGACGUUACCGGUUUGUUGGGAGAGUAAUCUGAAGCCUCACAAGCUUUUCAAGUCUUUGAAUGAAGUCAAACCCUUUUUUAAACCCUUGACUUUAAUCUUCACAAAGUCAAAGAAUUUGCAAUUUCAAAUUCCACCGGAAAAAUAUCUCAUAAUCUCAGAAUUUGGUAGUGUCUGUUUCGGAAUUCUUGAUGGACAACGAAUGAGCGUUAACUUGAUUGGAGAUAUCUUUAUGCAAGAUAAAUUAGUGAUUUAUGACAACGAGAAACAACAAGUUGGAUGGACCUCUGCUAAUUGUAAUCAAGUUCCUCAUUGA